AGUGCACUAAGCGGAUGAACACAUCGAACAUGCAAGUGAACAUCUUGCGGCAGCUUCUCCCUAUGCGGCGAGCAAUAUGCGUAUAACACUCUUUUCACCUGUUAAAAUGUGCAUAGUGGGUGACAUUGUACUUGAACUGCUUGGCACGUUUUGCAUCUAACCCCCUGCAGCCCCCCUUUUUCAUCAGUUUCUUGGAGAGCCAUUGUACCGACCACCCUAAUACUAUUUACUUUGUUUUAUAUUCUGAGUACGACUGUAUGACACUCGCGGCGACAGGAUGCAUGGUGGUAUACGGCUAAUUAAUAUAUUUAUAUUUGGAUCAAAUUGAUAGGCACAACUCACAAGGAAGGAUUGACUGAAUAUACACACGGACACAUCUUGUGUUUUGCCGAAAACGAGCACAGCUUUCUUCCCCGGCUGGCUGGCAUCCUGGCAUUCUUUUCGAGAGCAAAUGGCACUUUGGCUGUUGCUGUGAGCAUUCUUUGUUGCAUUGAUGAAUUGGCUUUGUUCGUGGAAUCUGCACGGCUGCACGUUUCUAUGUGGAAUAACUGAUGAUAUAUAAAAGUUAACGAGAUCAAAAGACGACUGAAAGCAGAAGAGAUGACAGUGUUCUCACAGGAUUCCGGCUGGUCACCAGUCCCCAAACAAGACCCGUCAGCCAACGGGGAUGCGGUCCAGGCCAAAGUUGGAGAGACCUCGAAGACGAAGAAGUUGAAAAGUCGAGGCACGUGGACUGGGAGACUGGAUUUUGUGCUUGCUCUGAUUGGUUUCUCUGUCGGAUUAGGAAACGUUUGGAGAUUCCCCUACCUCUGUUAUAAAAAUGGAGGAGGUGCUUUCUUGAUCCCAUAUUUCAUUUGUCUAUUCAUUGGAGGGAUCCCUCUUCUGAUUCUUGAAAUUGGUCUUGGUCAGUAUACCAACCAAGGUGGUAUAACAGCAUGGAAUAUCAGUCCAAUAUUCAAAGGCAUUGGUCUAGCCAGUGUGGUGAUACUGCUAUUCCUGAACACCUACUAUAUCAUCAUCAUGGCUUGGUCAUUCUACUAUAUGUUCAUGUCAUUUACUUCUGUACUGCCAUGGUCUCAUUGUGACAAUGUUUGGAAUACACCAUGUUGCUAUGUUCCUGGAGCCAUCAAUGAAACCAAUGAGAUGACCACUCAAUUAAUGACCACUGUUGAUGGAAUGACCACACAGAAUGUGACACAGUGUGCCAAUGAAACUCUUAAGACAACUGCUACUGUGGAGUUUUGGGAGCGCAAAGUGCUUCAGAUCCAUUUAUCAGAUGGUAUUCAUGAUCUAGGUGGAAUGAAUUGGCAGCUCCUCCUGUGCUUAAUUCUCUCAUGGGUUCUCAUCUAUCUAUGUAUUUGUAAAGGAGUCAAAAGUUCUGGAAAGGUUGUGUACUUCACAGCUACCUUCCCAUAUGUUCUUCUCACCAUUCUACUGAUACGAGCCGUCACAUUAGAGGAUGCCAUUGAUGGUAUUUACUUCUACUUAAAGCCAGAUAUUAAGAGGCUUGGAGAUAGUCAGGUUUGGAUGGAUGCUGCAACACAGAUCUUCUUCUCCUAUUCUAUUGGUCUUGGCACCAUGGCUGCUCUUGGCAGUUAUAAUAAAUUUAAUGUCAAUUUCGUCAGGGAUGCAGUCAUUUUCGCCUGUACAAACAGUGGCACAAGUCUGUACUCUGGUUUUGUGAUUUUCUCCGUUUUGGGCUUCAUGGCUGGCAGGCAGGGGGUUGAAGUUGAGGACGUUGCAACGUCAGGUCCUGGUCUGGUGUUUAUAGCCUAUCCUGAGGGGAUAUCUCAGAUGCCAAUCGCUCCACUUUGGGCCAUUCUCUUCUUCUUCAUGCUCAUUAUCCUUGGUAUUGACAGUCAGUUUGUUGGUGUUGAAGGCUUGGUGACAGCAUUCAUCGAUCUCUUCCCUAACUACUUGCUCAAAGGAAGUAGACGCGAAUACUUUGCUUUCUUCACAUGCCUGUUUUACUGCAUAGCAGGUUUACCCAUGGUUACAUAUGGUGGAAUGUAUGUAUUCCAGCUGUUUGAUAACUAUUCAGCCAGUGGCACUGCUCUUCUCUUUGUAUCAUUCUUUGAGAGUGUUGCAAUAGGAUGGGUGUAUGGUGCGGAUAGGUUUAUAGGCAAUUUCCGCACAAUGAAUGACUUCAAAGGGCUAUUUUGUUGUGGCCAAUAUCUGAAGAUAACAUGGCUAAUAACCACUCCAUGCUUUGCUAUGGCAAUUUUCAUCUUCAGUCUUGUGAAAUACACACCUGUGACGUACAAUGAUGUAUACGUGUAUCCAUGGUGGGGAUAUAUGCUAGGAUGGAUGAUGGCUGUAUCAUCUAUGAUCUGCCCUCCAAGUUACUUCUGCUACCAACUUAUCUUUAACAGCAAAGGCUCACUCAAAGAGCGCUGGGCUUUAUUGACUACUCCGAGGCUGACCCAUCUGAGAAGUAAUAAUGCCAUAGAGGAAGUCCCUGAUCUGGAGUUGACCAAGGUCGAUGCUCAUGGUGAGAACGGAACCAAUCUUCCACCUUCCUACGAGGAAGUGGCAGAGAUGAAUGGUGAUACCAACCUCCAAGAUGUAGACCUUAAUGUAUAAGAUUCUAUAGGUCUCAAGAUGGUGGAGUCCGGGAUCUGUGGGAGCAGGGGCAUCCACUUCAAUGAAUACAAAUCUGGGAAACAAUAAGAGACAAGUCUUAAAAAAUAUGCCAAAGUCGGAAGGCAUGUACAAAAUGUGAAUCAAGUUGCUCCCGUACAGGGAGUUUCCGACAUGACAAAAGAAAAAUGUAUUUUUCUCUCUUUCAGAACAAGAUAUUGCAAAUCAACGACCAACAUUAUCUUUCUUUCUUUAGCACUAAAGCAUGAUAUAUGUGUGCUUGACACCAUGUAUUUAUUUCCCAACAAAAAGAAAAGAAUUAUUGGGAAAUAAUAGUCAACAUAAACAAUUUACAAGUUGUACAUGAUGAUAUAGAACACCCCUGAUGAACUCCCAAUCCACUGUCUUCAGUGUAUGACUUUUGGAAUAAUGCAGGGGUCUUAGAAAGUAUAGUGCGGUGCUAUGUAGAGCUGAUCAUAUAAAUGCUUCUAAAUGUGAAGAAAGAACCAAGAAAGUGACAAGAAGAUGUGAUUUAAUUAUGUGGAUCAGAAAUGUUUGAUAAAUACUCAUUCUGCUCAUGCCUAUUCAUAUGUAAACAUAUUAUGCAAUUCAGUGCUCUACUUAAUAUAAGCCACUGCGAGAUAACAAUUCUAUAAACUUACUGACUUUUCAUUUUGUCAAUGUAAGGGAUUCUCUUUUUAAAUUGUACUUAAGAAAAUUUCAAGAAUCUGCAAUAAAAAUUCUUAUGCAUUUUCUUGUUUGUUUUUUAAUCGACGGUUUAAAGGUAUGCAUUUACAAUUAUUGGAAAGCGAGACCUUUAAUAUCUCAGUGUGUCAUUUUGAAAUAAGUGGACCAAAGUUCAUUUAAAAUAAUGCAAAAUAAACUAGUUGUUAAUGAUAUGUAUACUAAUAAAUUGUCUCCUGAAUUAACUUUAAACUACAGGGUAUUCUGUAAAUCUUCUUUGAAAAAAUGUUUAACAGACUAUUUCAAUCUUUAUAUUGAAAUUUCCUAUACACUAAAGAAUGGGACUAAUCACAACUGAAUUCUUAUAUAUUUAGGAUAUUUUGAAUUCAGUUAAUUAAUAUGAUGAGAAUGAGAUUGUUCUAAGCAUCAACAAAAAUCAUGAUGAAAAUAUCACAGUAGUAAUUAGGCAAAUUAUUAAGAAACAUCUUAAGAACAAGAUCAAACAGAAAGGCAAUUGAAGAGAUUUUUAAAAACUUUGGAGGAAUGAGUCGGGUGUUCUUUUUUAUUCAUGAAACUGAUCAACUGAACUUUGACUGACAAUGAUAUGCCCAUGAAUGAUAAUCUUAUGAUAGUAGAGAUUGUUUUGCCAAAGAGGACAAUUAUCUACUAAUACUAUUUAAACAUCUGAUUACAUUGACAAUUGGCUUUUAGUGGGUAUUGCAUCCAAAGAAGCAGAAUGUCUGAUGAAUAUGUGAAAUCAAAAUUGUAUCCUUCUUAUUUGUAUAUUUUGACAGUGUUUUUUCAAACAUUUCUACACUACAAGAUAAUAUUGCUGCAAAAAAUGGAAUAGAAUAUGAAUGUGAAACAAUGCAUGAAAAAUCAGGGGGCAGGGCCAGUGUAUUGUAAGGGGGGGGGGGGACUACUUUAAAGUAGCCUUCUUCUCAAUUGGAUGUGGGAAACGAGAUGUCUCUCUUUGAUUCUCUUCUUUCUUCAUUUUUCUUAACAUCUUUUUACCCCUUUGGAUUUUUAAUAUCCUCACUUGAAAAAAAACUCAUAAAAGGUGGCUGCCCCGCCCCUUGUACGGCCAACCUUGGAAUAAAGAUGAGGCUAUGAAAUAUAUGAAGACUAUUUUCGAUUUGGGAAAUGUUCAGGUCACAAUAUGACCAAUGUAUAUGAUAUCUCUGUAUAAAGGUUAUAUAGAAAUGUGUAUGAUUGUUUGUGAUAAUUACUGAAAUAGCAAAUAAUUUGUGUAAUUUUUGUAUAUGUUUGGUGGAUGUGCACUCUAUAUAUUUUUAAUACAAGAAAUAUGGUUUUAUAAUGGUUUCUCUUCUAUCCUAUGAAAUCAUAUUUUAGGUCAGCUCAUGGUCUUAAUUCAGGAUGGAAGAAUUAUUAAUACAAUUUUGUUUAUUCAUAUAAUUUUUUUUUUACAUUUCUCUUUUGUUAGUUACAGAGUCCAAUUUAAAGCUUUUAAAUAUAAACAUACAUUUAUUUGAAAUUAUGUUCACAAGAUAACUAUUUCUCACUAAUUGAAGAUUGAUUGGAAUGUAUUUAAACUGAAGUGUGUUCAAUGAGACUAACCAUUUAUAAAUACGUACAUGCUUCCAAACAUAAGGAGCAUACAUCAGAGAUGUGUUCUAAGUAUAUUUUCAUACCAUAUUUACUUUCAGAGGCUGUGAAAAAAAAGUACAGGUUAUUACCUCAUGCGAGAAUAAUUUAACAAUCUGAAAGCAGUUCUCUUUUUCAAAACUUCAUUUUCUUUCCUCUCUUGUCAAAGAAACAACCAAAGAAAUGUGAUGACAUUCAAUGUUU